UAUUAUCUGGAAGUCCCAGGUAGAGUUCAAACUUUGCAGGAGGCUCAACAAUACACAGCUGACCAGCCAUAUCACCUCUUACUGUACUACAAACAUCCUUCUGUCCUCUGUGAAGAUGUCCAGCUCUCAAACAACCACCACUAAUGGGGCGGUGGUCAUCACCCAUGUCUACCCCUAUGGGAAUGGGAUGGGGGUCGCGGGGGUCGCAUCUGCUCCUCACUGUCUGGGACAGACGGUCUCCUCAGUGCUGGGAAGUUUCCGGGCAGGGCAUCCAAAAGCGCUGGGAACCAUACAGAUCAUGAUUGGUUUGAUAAUGCUGUUGACAGGAAUUGUGAUGACUGCAGGACCACAAGUAGACAAUAUUGGAGUACUUAGUGGAAUAUUUGUCUGGGGAUCUAUCAUUUAUGUAGUUGCAGGCUCUCUAACUGUUGCUGCUGACAACAAACUGAACAAAUGUCUGGUAAAAGGCUCCCUUGGAAUGAAUGUUGUCGCCACGGUUACUGCUCUUACUGGCACCAUUCUGCAUUCUUUAGACAGUGCUGUAAUGUACAACUACUACUGCGACUAUCCAGGCUAUCCUUCAUACUACCCUCCAUCCUAUUUCAACUACACUACGUCCUCCGUCUGUCAACAGUAUUGGAUCAGGUCCCAGGGAAUAUCAGGUGUUUUGACUGUUUUCUCCUUGCUGGAGUUCAUAGUGUCCAUCUGUGUCUCGUCAUUCGCCUGCAGAGCUGUCUGCCUGUGCUGCCGUUCCACCCCUGAGCAAGUGUUCAUCAUUGGGAAUCAAAUACCGGUACCUCAUGGCAGCAUGACUCCAAGCAACGCACCUUACCCUCCUCAGAUCAACUACGAGACUGGGAACUACACAAAGGUUCUGGAGGGAGACGGUAUGGGUACAGGGUUUCAACAGAACCACCUGCCUCCUCAAUACACUGCUGUCAUCCCUUGAGAAUUGGGCCUCCGUGAAUACAUUGUUCUUUUUCUUGUCGAAAUUGUGUUCUCUAGGCCUAUUUUUCUGAUUCAAGCCAGGCAACGGUUAGCACCACAUUACUGAUCUGAAUAAUUUGACAGUUUAAUAUUGAUAGUGUAUAGUAAUGCAAUGUUUCAGUAUAAUGUUUAGGUUACUAUAUGGUUGAUUUUAUAACUUCAUGUUUUUGUCAUUUCUAUCUUUCUUUAAUUGGUAUAAUUUAAUCAUUAUUUCUUUUAUAAAAGUAUAAUAGAUUUAUCAAGUAAAAUCAACCACUGCUAUAUGACAAAAUAUGUUGCAUCAUUUUUAAUAACACACAAAUGCAUAUUUAACUUAAUGUCUUGAAACAAUAAAACUGACAGAAUUUUGUUUUUUGUUUGAAGUCACUUUUAUCUUCUAUACAAUGUAAUUAAUGCCAUUCAUAUUCCGGGUAAAUAUUGAUCUUUAAACUAUGCUACGCCUAAAUAAAUGUGUAUUUUUUUGGAGAAGUGGUUGAAGGGUCUGAAAACAUCCUUAUAAGGAGGGAGUGGUGUGUGGAUGUUUACAUUGGGCAUUAGCCUAUAUUCUUUCUAUCUUGAGUGUGUGCAACAUUAAAGUUCAUGAACAGUCAAAA